CAGUAUGUAUAUCACACAUCUCUUUAUUUAUUGAGGGCAAGCUACACCUUUGUACCUUUUUAUUCAUGCCACCAGCUACGCUGAAUGUUAAGAGUCACUGAACCUGUUUGCUGUGUGGAACUCAAUCAGAUAACCACCCUGUGGAGAAAGAGGGAGGAGGCAAAAGUGUGAAAAGCUUGCUGUCCAGGGAGACAAAAUCUGCAGCAAAUUAGUGAACAGAAGAAGCAGGAACUAAAGACUAUAUACGAGUGGAAGCAACCCAAAAGCAUCAAUGCGGGUUCAGUGGAUGGUGACCAUUUUAUGCAUCUUGUUGUCCAUGGGACUGGUGUUGAUUAUUGUGGGCCAACAUCAAGUCAUGACAAUGCUGGACAAGGCAAAUGAAAAGCUGCCAAAGGAGUCACAGAAACUUGAUGAUAAACUUUUAGAUUUAAGAAGCUUAAAAGCCUCGGUGGAAAAGCUGCUGGCCGCCGAGAACAAAGCAGUGAAGGAUCUGGAGGAAGCGGUGCCCCAACUAAUUCCAGAGAUAGAGAAAAAGAAAGUAGAACUUGACACCUGUCAGGCAGAAAAGAACACAAAAGCUGAUGAGCUGGCUGCCGUGGAGAAGGAACACACAGAGACUCAUGAAAAUUUAAAACAAGAGUCUGACGCCUGGAACCAAGAGAUAAAUAAUCUGAAACCACAAGUGAUGGGCUACAGGGAAAUAUGUAAUCAUGUGAAGAAGGGCACACUAGCUGAGAAAUUAUGUAGCACCUGAGGAUAACUCCUCACCUGAAGAAGAUAAAGGAAUACCAUUUCAGCUCUCCACAAUGCCAGUAAUUAACAUUUGUUCUAAGUGUCUAAGAUUGGUGUAGAUUUUUUACAUUUGUCAUUCCUGUUACUGAUGUAAGAAAUUCUUUUUUUUGAGCUAAAAUGUAAUAAAGUCUGGAUUAUUUCAUUGAAACGUUUGUGAGGUGGUGAUUUUCUCAGGGGUAAGGGCUAAGUUAUAUAUGCAAUAAAUACAUUCUUAAUAGUGCAAAAAAGCCAAAACCAAACAGUAAAGAAAAUGUGCAAUU